GCUCCCGCCUCGCCUCGCCCGCCGCCUCAGCGCGGCCCCGCCGCCGCCAAGACGCCGCGGGCCGUGCUCCGAGUGAAGAAUGGGGCGGCCAAGCUCGCCAAGCCGCCCGCGGCCGCGGGCGAGACCCCCGGCGGCGCCCCCGGACAGGGGCUCUUCAUGGAGCGCUCGCAGAGCCGACUCAGCCUCUCCGCAUCCUUCGAGGCCCUCGCCAUCUACUUCCCCUGCAUGAACAGCUUCGACGAGGAGGAUGCGGAUGGCGAUGGUCGGAGGCUGAAGGGAGCCAUCCAGAGGAGCACAGAGACCGGGCUGGCUGUGGAAAUGCCCAGCAGGACCGUCCGCCAGGCCAGCCACGAGUCCAUCGAGGACAGCAUGAACAGCUAUGGAUCAGAGGGAAACUUGAAUUUCAGUGGAGUCCAUCUGGCAUCUGCUGGGCAGUUCAGUGACUUCCUGGGGAGCAUGGGCCCUGCACAGUUUGUUGGGCGUCAGACCUUGGCCACCACCUCGAUGGGGGACGUGGAAAUUGGCUUGCAAGAGCGAAAUGGGCAGCUAGAAGUGGAUAUCAUUCAGGCUCGAGGACUGACACCAAAACCCGGCUCCAAAACACUGCCAGCUGCUUACAUCAAAGCUUACCUGCUAGAGAACGGCGUGUGCAUCGCGAAAAAGAAGACAAAAGUGGCUCGCAAAUCAUUAGACCCUUUGUACAAUCAGGUGUUACUGUUUGCUGAGAGCCCCCAGGGCAAAGUAUUACAGGUGAUAGUCUGGGGAAACUAUGGGCGCAUGGAGCGCAAGCACUUCAUGGGAGUCGCCAGGGUCCUCCUGGAAGAACUGGAUUUGUCAACUUUAGCAAUCGGCUGGUACAAGCUCUUCCCAACUUCCUCCAUGGUAGAUCCCACUACAGGCCCGCUCCUGCGUCAGUCCUCACAGCUUUCCCUGGAGAGCACAGUGGGACCCUGCUGUGACAGGUCUUAGUGAGUAAGGAAGGGGGAACUGCUUUUGUUUUUUAAACAUGCUGUCAAAGGUUUUGUUUGCUGGAACUCUGACCUCAAGCGCAAUGCAUGUUCAAUCAGUUCUUGUGGAGCUGGAAGAGGAGGAUAAACCAGUGACCUUAGACAGAAGACGAGGGGGAGGGCACUGUGCCCUCUCCGUCCGAGGAGGAGGUGCCGUGGGGCAUGAGUCCUAGUUGUCAAAUUAGACAUACACCUCUUGUUUCACUUCUCUCACUGUCAUUCUUGGACCCUUGUUUCAGAUCAAUAUUAACCCUGAAAAGUUGCAGCGUUUGAAAGAAUUUGAGGGGGGGUAAGGAAGGAGUUUUUCUUAACUGUGCAUAUUAGAAAUUUCUAAUACGGAUUCUUUCACGAGAAGGUACCCGAAAAAUUCAGAGGUCAACAUCUGGCCUGAAAAGAGCAGGAGCAGAAAGUUUAGGAGGAAGCAUUAGGGUUUUAUAAGGUCUUUUUUUUUGAAAAGAAGAAAAAGAAAGAAACCUGCAACUCUUUCCUCAGAAUCAGUUCCCUGUCACUGAGUCAUGUUAGCUGUAACACUGUCGUAGCUGUGUUUUCAAACUGUGCCAAAUUACCAGCAAGUGUCUUUACUGCAUUACGUGUCUGACGCUGCUGAUGAAGCAAACUUGGUGGGAGAACAAGUAGCACCUACUUAGACCAGACAGUUUAAACAGAGUUCGAGUUUAGCAGGAUAAUUAACUGCAGUUUUGCUCAGAAAAAAACCCCACUGGAAGUGGGAGCUGAACAUCAGAGUUGCAACUUGACAUGUUUUGUAUUGUCAGAUACAACGUUCUGCAGUUUACUGACCCCCUUACCUUGUUGCUGUGCAUCCUUCAGUCAUGAUGUCUUCUGUCUCCUGCUUUGCCUCCGUCUCCCUUGUACUGGUACAUAUCUGCUGGAGAUGCUGCCCUUCCUGUUGUGCUGUGGACUGACCUGAAACAGGACUGUUUUGUUCAGCCAUGGGAGAGGAGAUUGGGGUUUCUGGGGGUGCAGAAUAAAGAAACCUCAGUUUGUCAUCUGACAAGAAGAUGCUGGAGAGCACAUAACCUUCCCUGUGGAGAGAGGGGAGCUUUAGGCAGUGUCAGUAGUACACAGACAUUGUCAAGUGUCCUGCAAGAGGAGAUGUGACCCCUGAAGUACAGAGAGGUAGUGAGUGAGGAAUGUGACACACGGUGGUCACAGCGUGUAUAUUCUGUUCAUUAAAGUGCAACUCUGACUGUAAACAAGUCUUGUAGAUCCAGUCAAGCACAUUCUUGGAGCUGCUGAGCUGUGGCAGCUGUUGCCAGCAGAGCCAGGUGCUGGAGGAAGUGCACUAGAUCCUCCCAACAAUGAAAUUACCCAAAAUCACAGAGAACCUCCGAAGGUUUUCUGUUGAUAGCUCUGUUUUGGCUAGGUUUUGUCUUAGUUCCUAAUGAGGAUUUGAUGACUGCUAUCCCAGAAUAAAUAAGCUUUUGGAGAUGUUUUGCUUUGUGAUUUAAAAGUGAAGGUCCCAUGUCACGUGUAGGAAUGAGCAGAUUCUUGAGCUGUCAUAGAGAAAUACUGAGCAUUUAUUUCUGCAUGUGGACCUCAGCUUUGUUAGAAUAAAAGCAUGAGUGUUGAGUGGAUGGUAAAAGCAGUUGCUUUUGGUCCUAGCUUGUCUAUGGCAUUUUAAAUUAUUUUGAGGUAAAUUACAUGAUAGAUGCAAAAAUUAUAGGCCUUACAAUAAUCUAUAAGAAAUUAUAUAAUAUAAAGGAGAGGGAAGGAGGACAAGGGACAUAGAAUGUCUAGUUUUUUGAGUCUUCAGUGGCAAAAGCCUCAACAUUUCAGAUAAAUCUCCUUAUUUCCUUGAUCAAAUAUGUCUCGGGCCUCUCACUAAUUAUUUUUUCUAAUUGUAUUAGACAAUUUCUAUAUAUUAGCUGAAGAAAGUUUGUUGCAUGCUGGUCAAACUAUGUUGUGGCGCUCUCUCUUAUUUUUAUUUUUUU